AUGAGUUCCGGCCACCGGAACCCCAUCACUUUCUUCCUCAUUUUCAUUGUGUUCCUCUUGAGGUUCAGGUCCUUUUCCUGGACACAAACCUCCCAUUCCCAAUGUAUCGACCUUCUCGAACUCAAGAAAGGCUUUUUAUUCUCGUAUGCAACUACUUCGCUCCCGUCCUGGCUCACUGGCACAGACUGCUGCACCUGGGAAGGGCUCACCUGCGAAGAAGCUUCCGGUCUGGUCGUCUUUCUCGACCUCAGCGAGCGAAACAUCUCUGGCAAGAUUAUGCCAUUCCUCUUUAACAUCACCUCCCUUCAAAGACUCAACAUUGCCCACAAUUCGUUUGAUGAAAGUCCUCUACUUGAAAUCAGAAACCUUGGCAAUCUCACUCAUCUUAACCUCUCUAAUUCCGGGGUCAUAGACCAAGUCCCCAUGGACAUUUCUCUCCUCAGAAAGCUGGUAUCUUUGGACCUCUCUUGGUCAGGAUGGAACACAGAAUCACCUCCACUGGAUCUCCGGAAGCUCAUUGGAGGCCUCUCAAACUUGAAGGAACUCUACUUGGAUGGUGUCAAUGUCUCUGCAAAUGGGACACAGUGGUGUAGUGUCAUCUCUGAAUCUGUUCCAAAGCUUGAAGCUCUCAGCUUGGUGGGCUGUUCACUCACAGGACCAAUUGACAGUUCCUUGUCCAAGCUCCGGAAUCUGUCUCUACUUCGUCUUGAUGACAAUGAUUUGUCUUCUGAGGUACCUGAAUUCUUUGAAGAUUUCUACUCUUUGAAUGUGCUUACUCUCUCCAACUGCAAACUCCAGGGAUUUUUCCCGAAACGUGUGUUUCAACUCAAGAACUUGAAGUAUAUUGAUAUAUUACACAAUGAUGAGCUUUCAGGCUAUUUGCCAGACUUCCUGAAAGAUAGCACUCUGGAGAGCUUGAUAAUUUCAUCCACGAAUUUCUCUGGUAGUUUAUCGGAUUCUUUAGGAAAUUUGGAGUCAUUGAUGGAUUUGGAUCUUAGUGGUUGUCAUUUCUCAGGAUCAAUACCUUGGUUAUUCCGGAAUCUAAGCCAGUUGGUCUAUGUGGAUCUCUCUUCAAAUAAUGUCACAGGAGAGAUACCAGUAAUUCUUGGUGGAAUAUGGAUUUCUGAAAUUUUGCUCUCAAAUAAUAAUCUGACAGGAUCCGUCCCUGAAUCUUUCAGCCAGCUCAACCAUCUAGUUACUCUUGAUUUACAGGAGAACUUUCUCUCUGGAUCGAUCCCGGCAUCUUUGUUCACUCUCCCAGCAUUGCAAGAGUUACAACUAAGUGAGAACGAGUUCUCUGGGCAGCUGGAAGAGUUCUUAAAUGGCUCUUCUGUGUUACAAGUUGUUGAUUUGGGCAACAAUAAUCUCCUAGGGGAGAUCCCAAAAUCAAUGUUUGAUCUCUUGGGUCUCCAGUCUCUUGUGUUGUCCUCAAACAACUUCACUGUCACAAUUGAACUGGACUUGUUUCGCAACUUCCGGAAUCUCAAAUACUUAGAUCUAUCAAGCAACAACUUGUCAGUGUCUGACGGAACCGGCGAUGCUUCUCUUCUCUUUCCUUCCCUUGCAGAAUCUCCAGGCUUUGCCUCUGGUCUUCUCUUGAUUCGCAAAAGUAUGGGCGCCACAAGCAUUGGACCAGUAGGGGUCUCUAUGUCAGUACUCGCAAUUGCCCUCAUGGGCGUAUGCGUCUCAGCUUUAGCUUCUUCUGAUGAUCUCACUCUGCAGCCUUUAUGGGCAAGUAAGUCCUUCCCGUCAGAAGGUCCCUCAUUUGGCGGUGCGAAUCGUCUUCCUUUACGGCAUGGGCGACUCUGGCAAGAUUCUAUGAAAAGUUCUUAUGCACGUAAGCCUGUCAUCUCACCAGAAGCCACCUAG